UCAGAUAACUCGCCAGUAGAACAGAAACCUGUAUGGCCAUUAGGACAACCGAUGAUUAGUCAGCUGUCGCCAACAGCUGGCGACCAAGCAAGCUUAGCAGAACCGGCUCAAGGAAGUUCAACAGUUAGCGAGUUGACGUCGGAUGCCGAAGGUGUUUGGUCGCCUGAUAUUGAUCAGGCAUUUCAAGAAGCUCUACAAAUUUACCCACCAUGUGGACGCCGAAAAAUUAUUUUAAGCGAUGAAGGUAAAAUGUAUGGUGAGUCUAUGCAUGUGAUGUGUGCUGUGAAGAUGAACGUUGUCCAGGGCGAUUUGGGUUAUGGUGAUGAACAGAUGUUAUCGUAA